AUGACGCAAAGCGCGCACGUCUGUCAGGGGAAGCGCUGUGCCACAUGCUACUGGCAGCGGAAGGGGAAACAGAUCCUGGACGAGCAUCCGUGGAUUGAGGUCCUGCAUGCAGACCCCUUGCGUGUUGGCUGCAGCUUGUGCCGCCAAAAGCAUGGCCGGGCGUCAAGGUGCCACGCUCAAGGCGGCGGGUGGCGCGAUGGCAAUAUCACCACCUACACAGCAGUGCAGCCUCGUUCUUUGAAGAAGCAUGAAGGGAGUGAUGAACACCAGCUAGCUGUCGGCAGGGCUCCCGUCACAGACACUGCGUCGCCUACAUCCGAAGAAUUUAACAAACUUCUCCAACACUGUCAGCGAUCGGUUCUUGGAAAAGACGGCGUUCCAGAGGUCGCUGGCCAGAAGAAGGCCCGCAAGAUGGUGUGGUGUCUUGCCGAGGCCCAUCGUGCUCUGAAGAGGCAGUGUUGGCGAGAAGGCAAAGGCUUGGAUGGGCAGCCGCUGCAAUUCUCAACCACUUUGUUCCAAGACGCACGGAAGGGCAAGUUGUCUGUUAGAUUUAUGACGGCCAGCUCGGCAGCAGAGCACAUGUCUGGACACAUGUGGACAGUGGAUCUUGCAAGGGAUUUUUCCUUAGAUGCAGUUGGUGUUGCCAAGGCGACUCAGGCUGCCGUCAGAUCCUUCUGCACGCCCUUUGCAGCCCCCCCCCAUUACGAGAAGCCUCAUGAGGCGCAGCUAGAUGUCACCUUGCAGAGAUCCAUUGAAUCUUUUGUCAGUGACUCAGCCAGUGACGAGAUUCGAGCAGGGCACAUGCUGGCUGGCCAACGGACCACCGAUCAGUAUGUGGUGCACUUCCCCAAUCUGCGUGUGGUCGCCCGUGACAAGCCCCACGCAACGCGCAGAAAUCUAAGCAGAGGAUGGCAGGCUGAUUGCUUCCUGCACGAGGUGGCUGAGAGGUUCAUCUUUGCGGCUGACUCUCCCGCGAGGAUGAUUCAGCAUUCGCAGGUUUUCCGUUCGUGGUUCGCAGAAUCAAUUCAGCAGCUGGAGCCGCAGAUCUCGGCGGUAAAGGCCCACGCGCAGAUAAAAGAUCUUGCAUUCGCACCCCACAGAUAUGAAUCAGCAGCGAAGCCACUGACUAGGAUUGUGCUAUUCUUUUUUCCGCUGCUGCGUGUGCUGGUCCGCAUCGCGACUGAGAGGUCGGACGAGAAGUCAAAAGCGGCGAGUAGCUCCCUGGAAAGGUUGAGUGUGGAGAAGGCCUUGCAGGCCGCGAUGCUGGCAGACGCAUCUGUGGAAAACCUCGAACUGACACGCCUCGUCGACUACGAGGGGUUUCCGGUCGCCGAACUCCCCAUCAAUCUAGCUGCCUUUCGAGAUAGAAUUCGGGCGCUCUUCACAGGCGAGCGUCCUGCAUGUUUGGACACGGGCCUCACACGCCACAUGCUCCGUCUCCUGGACAGAGGCUUUCUUGUGAAUAUUCCAGGCCGAGGGCUACGUGUCAAGGAUCUGCGGCGGCCAUCGCCAGUGCUUGUGACUGCUUGCUCGCGCCGCAUGGCAAACUGGGUGCGGCUCACCGAGGCUACAUUGUCGGCCGAGUUCCCGAACUUCGAGGUCAGCCAAGCGUUUGGAGUCUUUUCCGUGCAACAGCCAGCCAGUGAGCACGGAGCUCACCUGGUACGUUCCUCCAGCAUUGGGCGCCUGCAGAACGCAUUCAAGCUUCCGGCAGAUGGAAGGGCCGGUGAACAGGCGCAAAAACUGUGGCACGUUGCCCGGCGCAUUGCCCAGGAGGAAAACUUAUCGGCAGCAGAUGCCUGGAUGGCCGCAGUGAGGCAUGUCACUCACUCCUGGUCCAAGCAGGACGUUGGUUCUGUUCUGCCGGUGCUUGUCCGGUUCUGGGCGGCGGGUGUUUCCACUUCGGGCGUCGAACAAGCGUUCAGUCGAGCCAAAGCCUUGAGUGACCAUCUUCAGCUCAUCGCGCAUGUGAACGACGUAAUGGAGUUCUAUGGUCAAGUGCGAGUGUCUGGCGCAGGGAAUCGGACGUCCCGCCGGGACUUGGGCUGCCCACGGCCGGAGAAGCCUGACCAGUACAAGAAAAGCCUUGCAGGGUGGCUACGGCAGCGAAAGCAGGAAGUGGAGAACGCAACUCUUCGCCUGCGCGGCUCGCAAAGGCCAGGUGGGGAUCUACAGGAGUAUUUUUGGGCCCGCAGCCAUGAGCAGGAGAUGGAAUUCGUGAAGGCCUGGGGUAGACUUUAA